AUGGACAUACCGGGUGGAGGAACCCUGGUCGAGCCGGACAGCAAAAGGACGGCCACGAAAGAAGAAGCUCGGAGCUCGGAGGACAGGAGGAAAGUGGAAACUUUAGACAGAGUGAGAAAUUGGGGAAUACGGUACCAGGGCACAUCCAAACCACUGGAGUUUCUAGGCAAGAUGGAGGAAUGGGCCAUAGGAUAUGGCAUAUUCAAGGAUGAAUUGGUACAGACGAUGCCGUUUAUCUUGGAAGGAGCCGCAGAAGACUGGUGGAAUACGACGCCAAGUCGGGCAAGAACAUGGGAGGAACUGAGAAGGGAACUUCUAGAGUACUUUCUACCGCCAAGGUAUCAGGAACAACUGGAUUUGAAAAUCGGACAACUCAGACAGAGGGAGAGAGAACCGACACGAGCAUACGCGAUGGAGCUGAGAAAGCUGAUGAGAUUCACCUGCUACUCGGAGGAGGAAAAACUGGAUAAAAUCUACAAGAACUGUCGAAGCAAGAUAAAACUAUAUGCACGAAGAUCAGGUUUUGCGUCGCUAACAGAGUUCCUAACACUGGCAGAAGAGGUGGAGGAAAUUGAGGCAGCGGACACUCAGGGUCAACCAGCAGAGGCAAGGGGCCACAGACUUAGGCCAGAAAUCUGUAUGAGAUGUGGAGGAACAGGGGCACGGCCAUAA